CUUCUUGUGGCCGAGACAAUUAGCAAUUUGGUGCGAAAGCGCAAGCUGCACCACCCAAGGGGAGUUGGGAGGGCCGAAAAUUCCUUACAACAUGGCGCCUUGAAUAUCAAUUUUCGAAAUGCUAAAAAUCUAGGCAGCGGGAUCAUUAAAUCUGGAGAUAUUGCAUGUGAAACUUAGGAUAAUAUUACGUAACUAGCUUCCAAUGAACAGGGUUACGUUUCUACACCCGUCGGAAUUCUGCGGCAUAUUUAUUAAUGAGGAUGGAAGAGGACUCCUACUCAAAGCCCGACAUCCUUGAAAUCUCGACGCAGACUCAGCAGAAGAGACUCUCUGGCAAGCCACUUGUUCCCUAAUCUCCUUCACGCGUUACUUCACAUCCAAAGAAAUAGCUGCGAAGAGACUAUAUGUCCCUUUAUUUGGAAAUGGAGAAAGAAGAACGCGUUGCGUGAUGAGACCAAAACACGGCUGACAACCACAGCCAUACCUGGGGUGACUGUGACAUGUUAUGAUAGUCUCGUGACUCAUCUCUGGAUUUACUUUCCUUGAUAUAUAACUGCAAAGCAUCUCUGGUUUGUUUCAGUGAUAUGAGACUAUUUUCGGUAAUUUCUAAAAUCGAUGAUAGUCUCUGAAUGGAUAAACGGAAGCGUAACUUCUACCCCGAAAGUGAAAUUGGGCUGAUUUAAUUCAGAGAAAAAUUUAUGAAGACGUUCAUCUUCGUUCCGGCACAAUGACAGCUACAGGUUCCAAGUACGAAAUUCCGGAAGCAGUCGACGAAAACUUUUUGGCGACAUUGGGCAAAGAUGUGGAGAUGCAGACAUUUAAAACGAACCUUGCUCCCGAAAGUGAAAGUUCUACUAAACAAGACAAAGCAGUGGUACUGCUGUGUGUUGGAACUCUCACAGGAAAAGAAAAUCUAUUCGUGAACGAGCAUUUCUGCCGCACGCCUCCUAAAGGGUCUCGUUUACUGACCGUAUGCAUGGAUAUCCAUUUAAAGAAGAUCAAAUCGUCAUCGGAAAAUAAGGAACAAUCAUCGGCAGCCAUUUACGAUAUCGAUCUUGAAGUUUACAAGGGAUUCAAUUUUGACUCUUGUCACGGAAGUAUAGUGUUUUGGACGCCUGAAUAUCCGGCAUCAUUAGGAGAGGUCAAAAAAUGGGUUAAAUCAAUUAACAAGCUUGCAAAUUCGCGAGUUCCUCUCGUGCUUAUAACGUUUAAUUCGAACAAUUUGGAUUGGAUAGGAAGUGGAAAGAUGUUUGAUAGCGUGACAACUUUGCAGCGGUUUUGUCGCGAGAUGGGUUUCAUUUCGUGGUAUGAGAUGAAAGCGCGUGACUGGGACGGGCAGGUUUUCGAGCAAGCCAUAACUUGCUUGAUGGAUGAGAUUAAUUUGGUAGAAUCUACUUGAUAACUGGCAGAUUCAGCACCCUAAAUGAUUUGCGAGGAAUAGUAAAACUGGUCUUCUCUCCAGGAUCAACAUAAUGUGGAACGAACCACAGAAUUUUCAUGUUAAAACUCAAGGGGGCUUUUCAAUAGUCAGAACUGACCAAGUAUUCAUCUCAUUCUUUCUUCGUUUCGUUACAAUUCAUUCAUCAUUGAUCAGCAUUACUUGAAAAAAUCGAUUUAUUGUUAAAAGUUUAAAACUCACAGUCAUGAGUUGAAUGUUACAACUGUCGGUUCUGGCUAAUGACAAGCACCCUUAAACAAUCGUGGUUUCAAAUUUUCGAUCUAGGAAGAGAUAAAGUGUUUUUUUGAACUAGUGGUGUCGAUAAAAAUGUCAUAACAAUAUUGAAUUAGUACAUUUGACAAAAAUCAUUUGGAUUGAGGACACUUUAAUACUACGAAAGUACUCAAAAUUCAAAUAUUUACAAAAGUAA